AUGCUUGAUGUUUCUUCUUAAUUUUAGAAUUUAUUACCAUUCCAGAGACAAGCACUUAUCUUCCACGCAAUUAACUUAUUUAAAGGGUUAAGAUGCACUGGUUUCUAAGAAGAUGACCCUAAAAAUGAAACUAACACUGGUAUUCUAAAUUUACCUCAGGAUUGGUAAAGUUAAAAUGCAGAACUAGUAUCAUUCAGGUAUGAAAGGCUGAGUGAUGAAAAUGUACCUUAGAAAGAUAGAGAAGAGUUCUAUUUCAAAUUUCUAUAAGCAGCUCAUAAGUUCGAGAUUAAUGCUCUAAGCAGCAAUGGAACAAAUGAUAUUUAUUCAUCAGAAUUCGAUUUGUUAAAAGAUUUGAAGGAAGAGGAUUUUGUUAAUCUUGAUAGCUGGGUGCCUAAAUAGUUGCUGGGUUAAUAUGAGAAAGAUAUUCUCAAUAAACUUCUAAAAUCAUCAAAAGAAGAGGAAAGAAAGCAAUAAAAUCAAUAACAAAAUAAGCCACCUUAAUAUGAUCCUUUCCCGAUUGGAGGAGGUUCUGGAAGCCAGUAAUACUAACCCCCCUUCAGGCCUCAUAUAAUUGGUGAUCCUACCUACCCACCACCGGGAACAAGUGGACCAGGUGGAAAUCUUGUUGGACCAGGCAGUAGUAUAUUCCAUCCAAGUGGUCAUCCAUAUCCAGAUGAAAUUGAUCCAGCUACUGGUGGUGGUAUUCCCUUUUUAGGAGGCAAUGAUCCUAAUGAUUUGUUCCCUAGCAUCCCGGGAAUCAAUGAUCCUAGAAAUAGAAGAAAUCCAUUUGGUGGAGGUGGCUUUGGACCAGGUGGCUUUCCUCAAGGUCCAGGGUUUGGAGGUCCCUUUGGAGGUAGUGGUUUCGGAGGUGGAGGCUUCGGCGGUGGCGGCUUUUAUUCUUGA